GAAAAUUUUGUGGUUCUUUGUUUGCUGCCUUUGCAUAGCGCUAAGCCACGUCGAGUGUGGCCUAUACGAUGGCUUUAAGAUCUAUGAGCUGGCUACAACAAAUCAAACAAUUGGCGAUGGCUUAGACUUGUCAGAGCUGAGCAGAAAUGAGUCGUUCUUUGAGCUGUAUUCCAUUAGUGGUUCACCUGAACGUAUGAUGGUACAUCCCAAAGCGCAGGCGGACUUUCUACAUUUGCUUAAAAUACACAAUAUGAGCUAUACCAUUGUUAACCAUAAUGUGGGCCUAACGUUGCUCACAGAAUUCAUUACGAAUAGUCUUCUACGCCGUAUGUACCCCUACCAAGGAAAGCUCGGCACAGAGCGGUAUUACUCACAUGCUGAGAUCAAUCAGUUUAUUGAGGACCUGGCUAAGCAGAAUCCCACACGAGUUGAGGUCAAGACGGUGGGCAGGUCCUUUGAGGGCCGUUGGCUAAAGACGAUUCGGAUCACSAAUGGAGAYGGACGGGCUAACAAGAAURUCAUACUCGUGGACGGUGGCUUCCAUGCACGUGAAUGGAUAUCACCGGCUGCAGUGGUUUAUGCUAUUGGGAAACUGGUCAACAACUACAGUGUACACUCUCAGCUAUUGCAGGACUACGACUGGGUCAUUCUACCCGUAGUCAAUGCGGAUGGCUAUGAGUAUACACAGCUUGCGGCGGAUGCGCGUUUAUGGCGCAAGACCCGUCAGCCCAGCAGCGCGAAAUGCAUUGGCACAGAUUUGAAUCGUAAUUUUGAUUUUCACUACAAUGAAACGGGUGCUUCAUCGAAUCCCUGCGAGGAAGCCUAUGCGGGUCCAAGGGCUUACUCGGAGCCGGAGGCAAUAGUCGUGCGUGAUUUAAUACAGGGUUUGGCGGAUCGUGGCAAAAUGUAUUUGUCGGUGCAUUCUUACGGAAGAUAUAUUCUCUAUCCCUGGGGUUACAUGGACCAAUUGCCAGAUACUUGGCAGGAUUUGGAUGAGGUUGGUCGAGCUGGCGCGGAUGCCAUUAAAGCGGCAACUGGCACCGUUUACCAGGUGGGCUGCUCCACCCAAUUGCUGUAUCCAGCUGCCGGUGCUAGCGAUGAUUAUGCCUUCAAUGCUGGGUUCCCCAUAUCAUUUACCAUGGAACUGCCCGCUGGCGGCGAUAACUAUUUCAAUCCCCCAGCUGCGGAUAUCGAUGGGCUGGUCAAAGAGACCUGGGUGGGUAUUGUGGCAAUGGCUCGCAAGGUGAUCGAGAAGUAUCCACUCAAUUGAGGCAUUUUUGAACCAUUUUUGUUUUCUGC